AUGGCUGAAAUCUACUACGAAGACACCGUCCGCUUCAAGACCACGGUCGAUGGCGCAACUAAAUACGUCACCUUGGCUGUUGUCCCGCCCAGUGAAACCUGCUGGCUCACCCUUACGGAUGAACCAACUGAGGACAGCAAUUUCCUGAUCCGCGAAUGGAACUACGAUAACACCAGCCGCCUAUACUUCAGCGGCAAUCUUCGCGCCGACACCCCAGACUCUCAUGGAAACUUCCGCCUGCUGCACAGAGACACCCGCCCCCCAGACCACAAUGUGGGGGACGACUACUGCGUCUCCAUGGCGAUGUAUGAACCUGGGGCGAAUAUGGGGUACUGGGGCAUUUCCUGGGACGCCGCGUAUGACCUCGAAACGUUUGCGCUGUUCGCGACCGCAUGGCCGGAUUCUGAUGGCGGAGUGUGCAGUGGGAACUCUGUGAAGAUUAGGAGUUUGAUUGGUUCGAAGAAACCGCCACCUGUGGGAAGUAUUGGGCAGUUUUUGACGAUCAAUAACAUUAAUGGGCAGUGGAGGAUUACAGGAAUUUCGGAUCACGCGACUUAUCCGGUUGGGGCGGAGUUUGUCAUCGAGAAGGUUGUGUAG